AUGAAUUUUGACUCUGGGACCGCCUACGCCGAGUCGGAUGCCGACGACGAGUAUGAGCGAGACAUGCACGGCAGCUCCCCCAUAGCCACCGACGUCGAGACCUCUCCCAUCGACUCGGAGCCGCCAUCAGCCGAGCACACCCCCACCACCUACGGCUACCGCUCGAGCGCGGACAGGCUACCAGAGACCAUUAUUUCUGAGUGGACUGCCGAAGAAUGCGCAGACUUCAUCGCCAGCAUAGGUGUCCAGCAAUAUGCAGACAGGUUUAUUGAAAAUGAGAUCGUUGGCGAGGCCCUCAUUGCCCUGCAACACGAGGACCUCAAAGCAAUGGGUAUCCACAGCGUGGGACACCGACUCACAAUCCUCAAGUCGGUUUACGAUGUCAAAAAGGCCCAGGAUGUUCCCAUUGAGUCCGACCAUUAUAUGCCGCCAACCGCCGAGACGGAAGCCCAAUCCUCGAAUGCGACUCUCAAAGAUAUCAAGCACCUUGUGGAGCAGCUGCGUCUUCGAGACGAGCGUAUUUCACUAUUCGAGCAGGAUCUCCGCAGGUUAACCGAGGAUUUCAGGAGGCUGCGGGAAGACAUGCUGCCAGCCCUACGGCUGGCCAAGGACGCCCAGCAGCCGCUGCCUAACGUCAACAACGGUCCGACUUACGAGAGCACGCUGUCGCCCCCAGCUCCCACACCGUCGACUGCAGGCCAGUCCAGCGCCGGAUUAAAGCGCCAAUACUCGACCAAGAAAAUCAUGCUUGGCACAACACCCAAGGCCACGUCUCCGACACACCUGCAAACCAGCCACGACCGGUCGAUAGUUGAACAAACGCUCGACCCGUCCAGCGCCGCCGAAAGAGCCGUCCUCUCGUCAUCACACCUUGCCGCCAUGAACGGAACCAGCGGCAGCGCCACAUCACCAUCCUAUCCCUCUCCCAACAUGCCCUCCCCAACAACACCGCCCACCGGCAUGCUCUCUGGCACCACCCUCGGCGCGCGCUCUUACCGCUCCGCCGACCAACCGACCUCUUCCUCCCGCUCCACUUUCGCCGCCGACGACCACUACAGCCAAGCAAAAAGCACCGCCGCCCCGCGCAGAAUGCAGACCCCCGCGCCCGAAACCCCGGGCGCGAGCAGCAACGCCUCGGUCGAAAUCUUUAAAUCCUUCCGCGUCAGCAUGGACGACCCCUGCUACAAGGUCCUGCCAGCGGCCCUGAAAAAAUACCAGAUCAACGCCCCCUGGGACCAGUACGCGCUCUACAUUGUCUACGGCGACCAGGAGCGCUGCCUGGGCCUGGACGAGAAGCCGCUGAUCUUGUUCAAGCAACUGGAUAAGGAGGGCAAGAAGCCCAUGUUCAUGCUCCGCAAGACGAACAACGCGCCGGCCGAUGGUGGGGCGGCGGGGGCGGAUACUGCUCCCGGGAGCGCGGGGCUCGCUGCUUCGGCGAGGGGCGGGGCUGGGUAUGACCCGCCGGGAGGCAUCAUUUAG